AUGUCUCUCGCAACCCGUCAAGAUCAACUCCUAUUGGUCCCCUGGGACCCGGAAUCCCCAGACCACGUUGCGAGACUCUUUGAGCAGCGGCUGCAGUGCGGGUGGAACCAGGAACUUGUCGAGAAGAAAUGGCGUGACAAACAAAGGUCGGGACACAAGUGCAUUUACUGGAUUACGUUAUCACCUCAAGAUCCCGGAACACAGGAGUCACUUCAGUCACACUUUGAUGUGUUCCCAGCGCCGCGUACGCCAACUCAAGAGCCGAUUUAUCCAGUGGGCCACAUCUCACUAGAUGACGAAAACCUAGAGGCUGCCCAUCUCGGCCUAGACUUUCCGGAAACCGGCGUUUUUUGGAUCAAGACCUUUUACGUUUCAAAAGCCCUGCAGAGCAAGGGCAUUGGUCGUGCUGCCAUGGAUAUCGCCGAGGCCAUGGCUGUCAACGAGCCGCUGUGUGCCAAGACUUUGGCACUCGACACUCUGCACAAGGACAGUGCUAAAAGGAUGGCCUUGGAGGAGACGGGCCAGGUACUCAAGACGACCAACCAUGAGUGGUAUGAGCGAAGGGGUUACCGACUGAUUCAUGAGCAACAUAACCAUUACUGGGAUGCGCAUCGAGAAGCACCAGAUAUGUGGACUGUGUUUCUGAGAAGAGACAUUGCAUAG